CAUCUCGGUGGAUUGGCUAGUUAGUGGAGGCGCCUUCGAGACCGAUUGGUUCACGCGGCGGUGUUGUUCACAUUGGUGUGGUGGCUUCGCGGUUGUUUAGUGCGGCGAUGCAUUCAUCAUGAUCCGGAGAUUUGUGUAAGAUAAUGGUUGGGGAGUUUGUAUGUACAGUGCAGGUUAUAUGUUAGUCGGUGAAGGAGACACACGACAGAAGGGUGAUUCAAUCGGUUUUAGUGAUCCUAACAUGAUCCUGGAAGUAUUAUGGAGCGAAUGACAUUACCACCUCCGACGGCCGCGUGCAGAAUCACGCUCCUGGUGCUACAGUUUGUUGAAAUUUAGUUUGCUUCGAUUUCAAUUAUUCAUGUGUGGUUAAUAUAAUUUGGUUGCAUAUAUGUGUUAUCGAUGAUGUUAUGAAGAUUUUGGCAUAGGUCAAUUGAAGUUUGCUUACAGAAUUGAGAAUCCACCAUUGUUAGGGUUUAGAAGCUUGAAUUUGGGAUUUUUCCAUAGAGGAAGAAUUAACCAGAACCGUGGCCGCCAACGAACUCAGAAGGUAAUUUUAGGUUGAUCCAUGUCCUUGUAAUUUAUUUAUUUGUUGUGCUUUCUUUGGUUCAAAUUCGCAGGGAUAGCCAUGGUGGUAUUCGCAAACGGCUACAACAAAGAAGAACACACAGUCCGCGCGCCUCUUCUUUCGUUUUGAAUUUUAGUUCGCGUUUUUUUUUCAUAUAUAAUAAUUUGGAAUCAUGCUUUUAACAUCAAUUGGACGCAGCGCAGUUGGCUUGGAGUAUUGUUGGAAAUCAAAAGACCUGGGUUCGAUCCCCAGGUCAUGUACAUUGUUUUUCUUAUUUUCAAUUGUCAUGGCUAACCUAUGAAUCCUGCACUGCGCGUCUCUUGAGGACCACCAUACACCGGCGCAUCUCCACCACUGGAUUGUCACUAGCGACGAUCUAAGGGAACCAGUAUGAAGUCCUAUGGUACACCAUCAAUAAGCAAUAGCACAAGAUUGAUGCCCAGGUUUUGUUUAAUUAUUAUUAUAUUAUUUAUAUAAUUAUAUAAUUACUCUUAAUUAUUUUUUAUAUAUAUAUGAUUUAAUUUUUCAAAUAAGAUUAAUAGUAAAAUUAAAUUAGGAUUAGGGUAAUAUGUAUUUAGAAUUAUUUUCCCGAUUAUCCGACUAUCCCGAUUAAUUAAUUUAACUUUAAUUAUAAAUCACAAAAAACCCUAGGACGGUUAUAAAAGAUAUUAGGGUUUGCCCAAUCCCACUGGCCAUUAGGCCAAAAUGUUAGGAUUUAAUUUAUUAUUCGCUUCGACCGUAUUAAUCGGUCGCGAUGGGUAAUAAUCAAUCAUUUAAUUGCAAUUAAAGUAAUAUAAUUCAAAUACAUAUUAUUUGGCUAAAGGGUUUCAACCAUCUUAUUGGUUGCGAUGAUUAGCCUAUUUAUCUUAAAAAAUUCGUUAUUAUUUUUAAUCAAAGCUAUUGAUUAUAAGGGAUAACGAUAAAAUUAAAUUAUUUAAAAUACAUUCAUUUGCUAUUCGUGAUAAUCGAAUCUAUCAAUUAUAGUGGUUAGCAAUCCUCCCCUUCAAUCUGUUAGCCAUGGUAAUCAAACCUAUUGAUUAUUACAACUAACGGUAACAUAUUAAACCAGGGUUGUACGCCCAAAUCCUAAAACACUUCCCAAACCUUUUCAAACUACUAGCACCAAACUACGGAUUUUCAUCCUUUUCAAUCAGGCAACUCAAAAUGUCUUUCAAAGCACAAAACAACUUCAAACACCUCCAUAUCAAAUUCUAAGGCGUACAACCCUGUGCCCCGAACUACGUUGACUCUGAUUCUCCAUAAGGAGAUAAGUAGGCACUUGGCAACAAGGCGAGUCCCCUCCCCCAUAAAUCUCAUUUUUUCCCGAUUCUAUUUCUUUAAUCAUAAACCUUUAAUCUUAAUAAUUUGCCAUUUACCCUAUUAAUUGUCUGUCAUCUUUCUUUAAGUUAGCCAUAAACCUUGGCUUUAUAAUGCAAACUGUAGAUGUUGUUGAUUGGCUGUAUUUUUUGGUAAAACAAAUAGUGUCUUUAUCAUGUCAAAUCUGGUGUCAUGACAUGCAUUAUUCUGUUAUGAAGUUCUCCUUGUGCAGGCCUUUACCUGAUGUCAAGGCCGAUGUCAUGACAUCCGAAGCUGCUGUGUUUUAUUCUGUUCUAGUUAUGGUUAUAUGAUCUGUUAAGACACUGUGCGUUUUUUUUGGAAACAUUGGAUAUUGAUUUGAUUCAGGACAACAUUAUGCGCUGUUAUUCAUAGGAUCUUUGUUUUAUGGAAAUAGUUUUAAUUAGGUUUAAAACUAAUAUUGGAUCCAAGGCCCAGCGGCUGCAAGGUUAUUUAUAACAGUUGAAGAAGCUGCUGACUGCAUGUUUUCAGGGUUUUGCCGUCCAGAAGUUUGUUGCAGUUUUUCGUUAAGUCCUAGUUUUCUUGUAAGCCAAACAAUCAUCAUGGUUGUCUUGGUCUAGGUGUUUUCGUGUUGUAAUAGGUACUUGAAGCUUUUAAGCAAGAGUACCAUUGUACUUGAUUGAAGCUUUUAAGCAAGAUCAAGUUGUGUCUUUGAAGUGUGUCUUCUUUUUUAUAUGUGUUGCAUGUUUGUCAUCACUGCUGUGAUUGAGGGGGAGCGAGAAGGAUCUCAAAUCUAAGUUGCUUAGAUUGAAGUUGCAUUGGGUAGUUAUUAAGUGAAAGGUGUAGUCUUGUUGUGUAUUACUCUGAAUUGAUACUACUUAUAGUGGACUUCCUCCCUGGCUUGGUAGCCCCCAGACGUAGGUGUUUUUGCACCGAACUGGGUUAACAAAUCACUUGUGUUAUUUGUUUUCUUUCCUGUUCAUAUUUUUAGUUUUGUUCAGAUAGUUGAUGUCGUGACAUCCUGUUCGACAUCACGUGUCUGAUUCCAGAAUUUCAAUUGGCAUCAGAGCAGGCACCCUGCCUGUUUUUACUGGGUGAGAUCUAGGGACAGUAUUUUUCUGGUAUUAUGGACAAAGAAGGUGGUGGAUAUGGGAUUAGACCACCCAUUCUGGAUGGCUCUAAUUAUGAUUAUUGGAAACCUCGCAUGGUGGCUUUUCUGAAAUUCGUGGAUAGUAAAGCAGGGAGAGCUGUGAACAAAGGAUGGGAACAUCCUGUUAUUACUGAAAAGGAUGGCAAGAAAACUCUUAAACUAGAGGAAGAAUGGGACAAAGAUGAAGAGGCAUUGGCGCUUGGCAACUCUAAAGCCUUAAAUGCUUUAUUCAAUGGAAUUGACAAGAAUAUAUUCAGACUGGUACACCAGUGUGAACUAGCCAAAGAUGUCUGGGAUACCCUCAAGACUACUCAUGAGGGCACCUCCAAAGUGAAGAUGUCAAGACUUCAACUGCUAACUACAAAGUUUGAAAAUCUAAGGAUGAGAGAUGAUGAAAGUAUUAAGGAUUUUCAUAUGAAUAUACUUGAUAUUGCUAAUACCUCAGGAGCCUUGGGAGAGAAAAUGUCUGAUGAAAAGCUGGUGAGAAAAAUUCUUAGAUCUCUACCUAAGAGAUUUGAUAUGAAAGUUACAGCUAUAGAAGAGGCACAGGACAUCAGCAAAAUGAAGGUAGAAGAGUUAAUUGGAUCUCUUCAAACCUUUGAGAUGGGAAUCAGUGAAAAUUCUGAAAAGAAGAACAAAAGUAUAGCUUUUGUGUCCAACUCUCAAGAAGAAGUAGAGGAAAGUAGAGAAGAGAAUCUAUCUGAAUCUAUAGCUAUGCUUGGUAAACAAUUUAACAAAAUUAUAAGAAGAAUGGAUCAGAAGCCAAGACCAAAUGUCAAGAACAUCUCAUCUGACACGAAUAGAUCCUAUGACUCAGGUAGAAGAGCUAAACCUGAAGAAAAAUAUAAUCACAGCAAAGGAAUUCAAUGCCAUGGAUGUGAAGGGUAUGGACAUAUUAGAGCUGAAUGUCCUACUUACCUCAAGAAACAAAAGAAAGGACUGUCAGUCUCCUGGUCAGAUGAAGAUUCCGGAAGUGACUUUGAAGAAGAAUCAGCCAAACAUGUCACAGCCUUCACUGGUGUCUGCAAUUUUGAUGAAGACUCUAGUGAUGAUGAGCUAACCUUUGAAGAACUGGCAGCAUCCUAUAGAAAGCUGUGUAUCAGAAGUGCUGAAGUAUGUCAACAAAGUGAAACGCAGAAGAAGUACAUAGCUCAGCUGGAGGCUGAUAACAAAGGCUUUAGUAAAACAAUAUCUGAACUAAACAAUGAAAUUAUCAUGCUACAAUCCAAACUCGAUCAGAUGUCAAAAUCUGUAAAGAUGUUGAAUAGUGGCUCAGAUAUGCUGGAUGAGAUUCUGCAGAUUGGAAAGAGUUCAGGAGAUAUGUCUGGUAUAGGUUUUGUUGGUACAAAGAAACCUCCCCAGGAUGGGAACAGGAUUAAACCUGAAACUGAGAUGUUGAACCCGAUGUCAAGACAUGCGACCCAACAUCAAGACAGAAGUAAAAUGAAGAGAAAAUUUCAAAGAUGGAGAUGUCAUCACUGUGGAAGAUUUGGACACAUCAAGCCCUUUUGCUUCAGGUUAUAUGGAUACCCAGAUCAAGCUCCUUACUACAGACCUAAACAAGUCAUGCCCAUCCAAAAGCCACAAUGGAUACCCAAAAACAUGGCUUUAAUAGCUCAUACAUCUCUUAGAGUAUCAGCCAAAGAAGAUUGGUACUUUGACAGUGGAUGUUCUAGACACAUGACUGGAAUCAAGAAUCUACUUGUGGAUAUCAGAAACCAUGCUACUAGCUAUGUUACCUUUGGUGAUGGAGCUAAAGGAGAAAUCAAGGGAGUUGGUAAACUGAAUUGCUCAGGAGUUCCAAAUCUGGAAGGUGUAUUACUGGUCAAAGGAUUGACUGCUAAUCUCAUAAGUAUUAUUCAACUUUGUGACCAAGGAUACCAAGUUAACUUCACUAGAGCUGAGUGUGUGGUCACUGAUGAAGGGAAGAAUGUAAUAAUGAGAGGAGUCAGGUCCAAAGACAACUGCUACUUAUGGACAUCUCAUGAGACAAAUUACUCAUCUGUAUGCUCUAAAGAAGAAGAAGCAAAGCUGUGGCAUCAAAAACUUGGUCAUCUUCAUCUAAGAGGUAUGAAAAAGAUUAUCUCUACAGAAGCUGUGAGAGGAAUUCCCAAGUUACAAAUUGAUGAAGGAAGAAUUUGUGGUGAAUGUCAGGUUGGAAAACAAACCAGGAUGUCACAUCCAAAGGUUAGACAUCUGACCACUUCCAGGGUUCUUGAACUGCUUCACAUGGACCUGAUGGGACCUAUGCAAAUGGAAAGCCUUGGGGGAAAGAAGUAUGCCUAUGUGGUUGUGGAUGACUACUCCAGAUACACCUGGAUAAACUUCAUUAGAGAAAAGUCAGAUGUGUUUGAUGUCUUCAAAGACCUGUGUCAGAGAAUUUAG